GCUUUGAUAACUCAAGCAUGGACAGAACUAUCACAAGACUUGAAGCAGUUUAUACAUGCAGUAGACUGGGAUGAGUCGUUUAUCAUGGGUCUAGCUGCAUUCCAUCUGACUGUAUUUAUAUGGAUCCUCAUUUCUCGUAGUCGCCAAAUCACAUUGAUACUGACAGUCAUGAUUUUAGGUGUUAUGGCACUACUGAGUGAACCAAUCAAUGCACUAGCCAACAGUCACUACUUGUUAUUUUCAAAACAAAACUACUUUGAUAAAUCUGGAAUAUUUGUUGUUACCAUGUUUGCGUUGCCCAUUCUUGUCAAUAUCUUGGUUGCAUUGGCAUUUAUUGUGGUAUAUACUUUGAAAUUAAUGGUCCAGGCCAAACGCAGUCAGUUGCGACAGCACAUCCUAUCAAAGGCAGACAAGGAUAAAUAA